AUCGAAGUUCUAAGAUUUCAAGCAACCAGAAUGGAAAAACGCAAAAUUCCUCUAAAGGGAUCACCCCAGGUACGGAAAUUCGAUCCUUUAACGCAGCAAGUUUCCAUCAAGGUUCUUCUAAAGGAAUCAAUACAGGAAGCUCGAUUGGAAACCACUGGGGGCAGCAACCAUAUCCAGCACUUGCGAUGCGGUUUGGUAAAGCACCAUGAUGUCUUGGUGGAGUUCGGAUCGCUGGGUCCUCAAACUGCCUACGCAAAAACCAGGGAACUGUCCAACCUCAUAAUGGAGCAUGCCCAAUUGGUGGAAACUGCGAAACAAAUGCAAGUCCGGAUGGAAAAUUUGGCCCGCGAAAAUGCGGAGUGCAAGAACACCAUAUCUUUGCUACUGGAAGGCAAACCCAUAUCUUUGCUAUUGGAAGGCAAACAGUAACUGCAGUCCGAAAAAAAUGCAUUUAAAGAGCAAGCAGGGGAACUGCAAUUCG